GCGUGUGGCUGCUUGAAUACAUUCUUCGUGACAAGUGCAAAGUUUGAACUACGAAAUCCUGUCAGCAGUAGCAGGGUGUUCCACUCAUGCCGGUCCCACCUCCUCCACCUCCUCCUCCCCCUCCUCCCCCUCCCGCUCCUCCUGCGUUUGGGGCACCUCCUGCACUUCAGGUCAAUAGUGAGCCACCAAAACUACAGCGAGAUGAACAGAAAGGCCGGAAUGCACUGUUAGCUGAUAUUCAGAAAGGGGGGCGUCUGAAAAAAGUGACUCAAAUCAACGAUCGUAGUGCACCAGCGAUCAACACAGCUAAAGGUGCAGCUCGAGAUGCAGGUAGCAGUGCAGGUCCCGUAGGGGGAGGAGCAGCUCCUGCAGUCCCCUUGGGAGGCCUGUUUGCUGGAGGCUUCCCUGUCCUGAGACCUGCAGGACAGAGAGACAGUCCCGUUUCCAGACCAGCCCAUUCGCCUGGUGGCAUCAGAAAGCAAGCACAAAGAUUUCCUGUCCCAGGCAGCAAUAACGCAAGACCCGCUGCCACCACCUCCAUUGCAGCCGAGACUCCCAGGCCAGCAAAGCCUUUGGAUCCACCUUUUGCUUCUCGAGGGACCCCCGUCAGACCCAGCAUGCUAGCACCCGGAGGGGGAGGAGGAGGGAGGACUUCCUCCUCCUUCUGUCCUGGUCCUCCUCCUCCUCCUCCUCCUCCUCCUCAAAGUAACAAACCCACCAGGCUACAGAAUCAAUCCUCAACUUCUCCCCCUCCCCCUCCUCCUCCUGCUAUGCCUCCUUCUGGUCUCCCUGACAGAUCAUCUGGGAGUUUCUCCUUCCCUCCACCUCCCCCUCCCCAUCCCCCUUCCCAUGAUAACCAAUUUAGGGAUAGUCAUAAUUCACAACCACCGCCUCCACCACCUCCUCCCCCCUUUUCAUCUCUUGGGCCCUCCUGCAACAGGUCGUCUCCCAUGCCUUCUAGUGGCAAUGGGGGUAAUAUACACACACCUUCUCCAAUGGCUUCCAAGCUACCACCGACUCCCUCUCAAACCUCAAAGUCAGGCAUGUCUCUCCCACCUCCUCCCCCUUUCACACCUCCUGUGGCUGGACUUCCUAGGAGGCCACCUGAUGUACCAAGAGUCAGAGGCGGUGGAAGGCAAGCCCCUCCUCCAGCACCACCUGCACGAUCUCCAAACACAGAGCUGUCCAGCCGGAAUCAGAGCCCUGCUACCCCUCACUGGCCCCCCCCCCCUCCCCCUCCCCCUCCCCCUCCUCCGCAGAAAAAUGGACAGAUGCACAACCUUGAUGACUUUGAAUCAAAAUUUAAGUUUCAUUCAGUGGAUGACUUUCCACCACCCGAGGAAUACAAGCCAUUUCCCAGAAUAUAUCCAAGCAAAGAGGCAAGAGUUAACUCAAAGCCACCUCCAUUAAGAACACUGGUGAGAUGAACAGCAUCAGUGGUGUAAACACUGGGUUAAAACUGCACCAUAGCAACAAGGAGACAGUCCUUACCUUGAAAGAGUCUCAGAUAAUCAUCUGAAAAUGUGUAAUUGCUAUUUUUAUAAAGGCUGCAUUUCUGUUACAGCCCAUGCUUUGAAGGUUUCCCCAAUAAGCGAACUACUUAUUCCUGUGUUAUACAGAUGCCUUGCAUUACUGCAUGCACCUGAACAGAACAAGCAAAAGGUGUCAGAACUAAACCACCCAGUAUUCCUGUCCAUUCUCCCAAGAGCCUGCAAUGCAACGUCAUUUCAUAAUCAAUUAAUCCACCUUGUUACUCUUGAUUGUAAAACAUAAUAGAAAUAUAUUAGGUGAGGCACUCUGACACAAGCAACGCACAAAUGACAAAAUCAUGAAUUAAAGCACACACAUGCAAUAAAUAUUACAUAGAUUUUUAAAAAUUGUUUAAAAGGCAUCACCUGAAUAGGGUGCAGAGUGUGAGAUUUCACUGUGUUUUCUUAUGGUCCUUUCCUGUAUUUUGGUUUGGGACCCUUAGCUAUAUUAAACUAGUAUUCAUUUACUGUCUGUGAAUGAACAUGUGAACAAGUUUCCUGGAGGGGGGUGGUUGUCAGAUCUAUUCUAGGUGGAAUAAUCAAGAACAUGGUAAAGGGUAAUUUAUGAAGUUAAAAUACAAUACAGUGAUAGAGACUAAUGUUAAUAUUUCAAAUAUAUUAAACAGGAUGUAACAUACAACUACUAUUAAAUAAUAUACAGUUAUUCUACUGAAGGUGAGUAUGCUGUGUUGAAAUGUAAAAACUCAGCUAAAAUGUACAUCUGGAAAACAGAUAUCAUUGCUGAUGUUUCUCACCAGAAAAGCAAAAAUGUAAGUAUUCACUCUCAGCAAUGAGUGACCUGCUGUACAGAGAACGCAUUUCAAAAAUAAAAAGAAACAGUACAGAAAUAGAAACUGGUAUAGGGGUGAAACUGUGGCAGAAUUCUGAGGCAGCACUGGCAUGUAGCCUGACAUUAUUCACACGUACCUGUGUUGUUGGCCUGUCACAUUUGUGAGAGGAACUCCCUUUCCACACUGUAACUGAGGCACUGCCCUUCAUUGGAUUGCUUUUAAAAUCGCCCAGAUUCCAUAAAAAAUAAUAACCUCCUUUGGAGACCAGUUAUUUGAUUUUACAGUAUCUGUACAGUAUCUUUUACUUAUGCUCAUUUCUUAUCACUCACAUUAUCUGUUUAGUUUGUGCAGUCUCCUCCAACGCAAGCGAGGAAACACCCUGCGCUUGUAAACAGAUUCCUCAAGAAGUCACUGAUGUGGAUGGAAAGCACCUCAAAUUACUCGUGUGCAGAAUAUUUAGAAAAUCACUUCCUCGUAAACAUUUUUAAAAUUUACCUUCACUUUUGGGGAAAAAAAAACCUUUGGGAUUGUAUUUUAUAGACACAGCCCCCUCCUGGCUUAAGUAUGUAAUUGCAACAAAAAAAUCUAUCAAUUCUAUAGGGUGUUUAAAAAUUACUUUUCAGACUUUAUGUAAAGAAUAUAUAUUUUUUGCUACUGUUGAAAUGUUAAGCUGCUGCCCUUGGGGAAUUAUCGUGUAUUUUUGAUGUAAUGUAUAUGCACAACUACCCAAACCAGUUGUUAAGAGUAUUUCUGUGUAUACGAGAGAUUUGACGUCCUUGUUAAAUUCCAAGCUGGCUCAAAACAACAGCAAAAAAAUAAAAAAAUGUUAACUAUCAAUUAAGUUCUAAUCAAAUUACAAGUUAUAAAUAUGGUUUGCGAAUAAAAACAUCAAGAAAUGUAGUAAUCUGCAAAUGAGACCAAAGAACACAAGUCAUACUAAUGGAUUAGUGUUUACAUGGUUAUCUUUACUCAAGUAUACACCAAAUAUGGCUUAUAAGUAGUAGGGCUUCUGUUUUUCGGUUUUGUUUAAUCUCAUUUUUUCGGUGCUUGUUUUCAGCUAUUUUAGUUUUAUGUA